CACACUUAAACCAGUACACCUUUCAAUUUAAUCCGAUCAACAUUCACAUCAAUUUCCAAACACACAGAACCGAUGGGAGGUCCUAAUCUGAGAGCGGUGGCUCUUAUCGCCGGCGAUAAAAACAUCCGAGGAUGUCUUCAGUUCACACAAGACACUUCCGGGACAACUCAUGUAACUGGAAAGAUCUCAGGACUGUCUCCUGGCUUCCAUGGAUUUCAUAUUCACUCUUUUGGUGAUACUACAAAUGGCUGCAACUCUACUGGACCUCACUUCAAUCCAUUAAAUCGAGUUCAUGGGCCACCGGAUGAGGAAGAGCGUCAUGCUGGAGAUUUGGGUAACAUUUUCGCUGGAUCAGACGGUAUACGCUUUUUUCCUCAAUCUAUAUAUUUAUUUUGUGCUUUUUUGAAGAAUGAUGUAGUGUUUUUUUGGGGUGAGCCUUGCUUGUUUCAGGUGUUGCUGAAAUCUCAAUCAAAGACAAACAGAUACCACUUAGUGGGCAGUAUUCCAUACUUGGGAGGGCGGUUGUUGUACAUGGUGAUCCUGAUGACCUUGGCAGAGGAGGACACAAGCUUAGCAAAUCAACAGGAAACGCAGGCGCACGAGUUGGAUGCGAUUUUGAUAUUGAACCAGGUAUUAUCGGACUUCAAGCAGCUGUGGAUCCUAAACUAUAGUUUUGGAUAUCAAUGAACUAUCGGCAGCAGAGCCACACUCAGUUUUUCAAAUGUGUACAUCAGAGGCCAUGGUUUGUAUAUUGACAUUCUGUAUGAGACGUAAGGCAUAAUAAUGUAUAUUGACAUACUGUUUGAGACGCAAGUCAUAAUAAUGUAAUACGUGAAUUCAAGUUA